AUGGCCUCAGUCAUGUCAGAACCCGUCUCUCGCUCGUCCCUAGUUGACGAAAAAGUCGAGCCCGAAUCAGGAUAUGCCUCAGGGCAGUCCGACUACUCGCCCGAGGAGGAGCCCUCCCGACCAGAUGUCUUCCUGACAAAGGCCCACGUCGAAUACCUCAACAAGCAAAUGGAGCCCAUGCACCCGAUGGACAUUCUGCGAUUCUGCAAGAUCCUGUUCCCCAACCUGUUCCAGUCAACGGCGUUUGGGCUCACCGGGCUCGCCACCAUGGACAUGCUCUCCAAGAUCCAGGACGAGAACCCAGAGUCCAAGCCCGUCCAGCUCAUCUUCCUCGACACCCUGUACCACUUCAAGGAGACGCACGAGCUGCUGGCCCGCGUCAAGGCGCGCUACCCAAACGUCCCCGUCAACGUCUUCAAGCCCGAUGGCAUGGACACGGUGGAGCAGUUUGAGGAGACGUACGGCCAGGAGCUGUGGAACACGGCCGACGAGAUGUACGACUGGAUCGUCAAGGUCGAGCCUCUCCAGCGGGCAUACGAGGAGCUCAAGGUGACGGCUGUCCUCAACGGCCGCCGCCGCUCCCAAGGCGCUGCCCGGGGCUCAAUCCCCAUCAUCGAGCUCGACGAGGAGCGCAACGUCAUCAAGAUCAACCCCAUGGCCACCUGGUCGUUCACCCAAGUCAACGAGUACAUCAAGGAGCACAGCGUGCCCUACAACGCGCUCCUUGACCAGGGAUACAAGUCCGUCGGCGACUGGCACUCCACCUCCCCCGUCAAAGAGGGUGAGGAUGAGCGUGCCGGCCGCUGGAAGGGCAAGUCCAAGACCGAGUGUGGCAUCCACAACAAGAAAUCCAGAUAUUCCAAGUUUGUUGCCGAGAUGGAAGCAAAGCAAGUUGCUCCCGUCUCAUAA